AUGCCCGGCGUGAAUGAUCCAAGCUGUCAUAUGUUACCACAACAACCUUUACAUCCAUGUAUGUUUCCGUCGUCAAGUAAACGAAAAACAACACAUUGCCUUACAAAUCCAUAUGAUUUUCAAAUCGGACAAAAUUUAGACGAUAUCGAUCUUCAAUCAACGAUUGAGAGUCGUGUUCAGAUACUUGAAAAUUGUCUUAAAUGGAGUGCUAUUGGGCCAACAUGUCCUGAUACAUUAAGUUGUUAUCCAUAUGUCAAAAAUGAUCCAUUUAUAAUUACUGAUACACCACAUGUAUUCUUUGCAGGAAAUCAACCUAAAUUUGAAACACGAGUUUUUCACGGAUCAAAUGAUAUUCAAGUUCGUCUUCUCUGUAUUCCAUCUUUUGCUCAAUCAAAUUCGUGUAUUGCUCUCAAUUUAAGUACACGUGAAUGCUAUGAGAUAUCAUUUCAAAAUGAAACACCACAACUAAUUCAAUAG